AAGGUCGUAAAGAUGGCUCCCAAAACAGAAAGAACGGUGCAACUUUCUUUCUUCGUGUUUUUAACGUUUAUCGAAGCAGUCGAUUGCUAUUAUUGUGACAAUGAUAAAUGCACUGAAGAAGAAUAUUGCUGUGGAGACAAUACAUGCUGUCCAUCCUACAAAGUUUGGGAUCUUUGGUAUUUCUGGUGUGGAGUUCUCUUCUUCAUGUUUCUUUUAUCACUGUGUGCAUGUCUGUGGAGGUACAGACUUCUUUCAAAUGGAACUAUAAUAAUAAGUGGCUACAGUUAUUCACCCCUGCAGGAAGUGGACUCAAUGGCUGCGCAUCAAGACUUUACGACUAUACGAUUUACACGUAAUGGUAAUGAAAUGUAUGAGCCCCACUUAGGCACCCCACCACCCUACAACCAGGCAUCAACUGGAAAUGUCAAAGUUGCAGGACUACCACCAUCAUAUGCACAAGUAGUUGGUAUGAGGGAGACUCAUUAAUUACAAACAGUUGGGAUAUGUAAAGACACAUAACUUAAAUUUGCUUAAUAUCCUGACCAAGUGAACAGAAAGGAACGUUAAUGUUUUUUACCUAGACUGUUGAAAACUAAGAACUAAAUUAGAUUUUAAAGCUUUAAGUGUGAAUUAAAUCAUAUUAAUUUUAAAGAAUAAUGAUUAAUCAAAUUAAUUUUAUGAAACUACAUACAUUUUGAUUUAUAAGUGAAAUACAUUUGUGUUUAUUUAUUACCAAAUAUGAAGAAUUAAACCGAUAGCAAAGGGAAAUACACGUAUAAUUUAUUUAGCUAAUUCGGUAGAAAUGAGAUACUGCUUUUAUUCUUUAUUUUUAAAAAGGGAACUUUUUUUUCAACUAUGCUGUUGUGAUUAAAGCUUGUAUGAAUAUAUUAGAAAAAUUACUAUAAAGAAUUUUCUUAGAUGUUUUUUAUAAACAGUGUUUUGAAUGUUAUUUUUUUCCAGUUAGUUUUUGUACUUUGAUAAAGUGGUAUGCAUUUUAAUGUCAGGGAUUUUGAACUCAUAUUUUUAUUUUAAAGUCACAUCAUAAAAUGAUUUUGCAAUUAAAGUGUUAGCAUUCACUUUAGUUUUGAGAAAGAUAUAUUCAGCCAUUUAUGUUAUUAAAAGUCUUAAUGAUUGAUAUCAGGUACAGUUCUUUACUUUGAUGUCAAAACCUUUAGGUUUGUCAUUGUGUAAAAUUUGAUGAACCAUGAUGUAUGCAUGACAGUUAUAAAAAAAAUUUCUUUUAGUAACUUGAUUGCAUGAAGCGUCUCAUAAUAAGGUGUUCAGAAAUUUUUUUAGCUGCACGUAUCAAAUGCACAAGAGCACACACUUAUUUUUUCUGUGAUUACUUUUAAUUUAAAGCAAUUGUUUGUCUUUCUGUUGUAUUGCAGACUGUUUGCAAUGUUUUUAAACCCUAAUCUGGGUAGCAGAAAGCAGUUAAAAUUUCUUUUAAUAGAGUAUGUUGUAACUUAUAUUGUAACCAUGACGACGUUUUGAGUUUUAAAAAUAGAAAAAAUUCUCUUACGAUUUUAAAAACAAAAUAGACAUACAAAAAUGAUCUGAUAUAAGCAUAUUGUGUAUAAAAUUAUCCUAAACUUUAAACUAUAGUGAGAAAAUGUUUGUUAUAUAUAAUUUAUGUUAAGUGCUUGCUUUAAACAUGUACUAGAAGUGUGAUUUACUGUCACUAGAGCUGAUUGCUGAACUCACCCACUGCAUAUCAUUUUGUUUGUUAGUUACAGUUCUCAGCUUCAGUUACUUCACAUUUCAAAAGCUGUUCAUUUUUAAUUUAAUGUUUUCAAAAAGCCAAAUGGAUUUUAUAUUUGGCCAAAAUAUUGUGGUACUAGUUUGGAAUUUACUAUUUUUAAAAAAAAAUAUAUGUGAAUAUUGUAACUAUAUCUCAGCAAUGAGAAUUUCUGAAGCGUUCCAUGAUUUUUUUCUCCAUGUUAUCAAGUAAGAAAAUGUAAACAUGAGAAUUACAUGUUACUGUUAUUACAUUUUUUUUUGCUAAAUGUUUAUAAAAAGUUGUUUAAAAAAGAAUUCAUAUAAAUUCAGAUAAAAAUAUAUAUUGGAUUAAUGCAUGUGUUUGUUGAAUUUUAGCUUAUGAAGUUAAUUUUCUCUAAAUAUUCUAGAACACUUUUACCAAACUAAAUUUUAGCCUCUGAAGUGUAUUUACUCUAAAUAUUCUAGGAUACCAAAUGCAUUUUUUCCCAUCAGUAAUAGAAAAAAAUUGAAAUUUCUUUGGUUCACAAGUUAAAUUAAAUGCCUAAAAUUCUAAUUUAAAAAUCCACAAAUAAUUAACACAUUGCCAGCUUCAAUACUAUGUUGAUUUAAGAAAUUUGUUUGAAAUUAAAUUAAAAUUUUGUGUGUGUGUAUAUUCUAGAUUGUAUACUUUGUAACCUAGGUGAAAAUACAAUGUUAGCAUUAAAAUAUAUUUGCAAGUCCGUCCUGAAUAUGUUUUGCCUCUUUUCCCUAGAUGGAUUCUUAUAUACAAUGUGGGGGAAUCACUUGGUUUAGAAAGUGUGAAUAUAUUUUUUUU